GCUUUCUAAUUAUCCAAUUAUAGCCGUUAUGAUUAAUACCUACGACUGAUUGGCGCAAUCCAAACAAUUUCAAAAUUUUGUUUUCAAACAUUAUACAGCACACAUCAUCCGACCGUUUCAACCUAUCUUUCGCCACUCUUCUUCUCUCUCUCUCUCUCUCUCACACACACACACACAUUAUUGUGUUCUACCUCUCUGAUCUCUACUCAAUUUCAGCAGACGGUUUACUCUGACUCCAAUCAUGGACGAUAAAGCCUUGGAAAUCCUCUGUUCGACUUUUGAUCAGGCCAUUACUCUAUCCCCUAGUAAUGCUGAUCAAACUGCUGAGAUACCAGAACAAAAUUCAGGAUGUGAAGGAAACUGUAAUUCGGUGGAUACUCAUACUAGUGUUACUUCUGAUGAUAGUCAGGAAGCAUGUUCACAGACUCUUCCAAUUUUUCGGAAAAUUGAAAGUCUUACCAACAAACUACAGAGUAUCAGAGAAGAACAUGCGCGCCUGAGCAAUGAAGUAAAGGGCAUCUCAAUUGAUUCAUUACUUGGUUCUGAAGCUUUCACUGCUCUUGAGAAUCUGAGUGUGGAACAUGAACUUUUGAAGAAUAAGUACCAUGAAGAGUGUGAGUUACUUAAGAAGAAGUAUCUCCAAGAAUCCUCAGAAAGAAAGAAGCUUUACAAUGAAGUGAUUGAACUCAAAGGCAAUAUAAGGGUUUUCUGUAGGUGUAGGCCACUGAACCAAGAUGACAUUGAGAAAGGCUCCACAUCAGUUGUUGAUUUUGACUCAUCCCAGGAAAAUGAGCUGCAGGUCAUUUGCUCUGAUUCUUCCAAAAAGCAAUUCAAAUUUGACCGUGUGUUUGGACCUGAGGACAACCAAGAGGCUGUCUUUGACCAAACUAUGCCUAUAGUAACCUCUGUCUUGGAUGGUUACAAUGUAUGCAUAUUUGCCUAUGGACAAACAGGCACUGGAAAGACAUACACGAUGGAAGGAACAUCAGAGAAUAGAGGAGUGAACUAUCGAACCCUGAAGGAGCUCUUCAGGAUAUCUGAGGAAAGGAGCACUAUAAUGAGAUAUGAAUUGUUUGUUAGCAUGCUGGAGGUCUACAAUGAGAAGAUAAGGGAUCUUCUGGUUGAGAACUCGAACCAACCUGCUAAGAAGUUGGACAUAAAACAAUCAGCUGAGGGUACUCAAGAAGUCCCUGGACUGGUUGAAGCUCGUGUGUAUGAUACAGAAGGAGUUUGGAGUUUGCUUAAGUCAGGAAGUCAAGUAAGAUCUGUUGGAUCAACCAAUGCUAAUGAGUUCAGUAGCCGGUCUCACUGUUUGUUGAGGGUAACUGUAGCUGGAGAAAAUAUAAUCAAUGGGCAAAGAACAAGAAGCCAUUUAUGGCUGGUUGACCUGGCAGGAAGUGAGCGAGUUGGUAGGAUCGAAGUUGAAGGCGAAAGACUGAAGGAGUCUCAAUUCAUAAAUAAAUCCUUAUCGGCACUUGGUGAUGUUAUCUCAGCCCUAGCCUCCAAGAAUUCUCAUGUUCCUUACAGGAAUUCGAAGCUUACUCAUAUGCUGCAAAGUUCCCUAGGUGGAGAUUGUAAAACUUUGAUGUUUGUUCAAAUUAGCCCAAAUUCGGCUGACCUUGGAGAAACGCUUUGCUCCUUGAAUUUCGCUAGCCGUGUCAGAGGAGUUGAACAUGGGCCUGCCCGAAGACAGACAGAUCAUGCAGAGCUUUUGAAAUACAAGCAGCUUGCAGAAAAGGCAAAACAAGAUGAGAAGGAAGCCAGGAAGUUGCAGGAUAACGUGCAGGCUUUACAGUUGCGGCUUGCUGCUAGAGAACAUAUUUGCAAAAAUCUUCAAGAGAAGGUUCGAGAUCUCGAAACUCAAUUAGCUGAGGAAAGGAAAACAAGGCUAAAACAGGAAAACAGAGCAUUGGCCUCCGUUGCUACUCAGUCAACUUUAACAUCAAACCAAGCACAGAAGGCAUCAACAGCAGAUAAUAAGAAACCACCAUUGGCCCCAUCAAAACUAAGGAUGCCACUUAGAAGAAUCACAAACUUCAUGCCACCGGCUCCAUCGCCAGCUCCUCCAAACAAGAAGAGUAUGUCUAUGUCCUAUCUACCUGCUGUAAGAGAAGACAAAGAGAAUGCCCCGAGAGAAAACAGGGGGAAGCAAGUUAUUAUGAAAGCAAGACGAGGUUCCAUUGCUGUAAGACCAUCUCCAGCAGGUCAAUUUUUCCAGCCUAAAAGAAGGGCUUCAAUUGCAACUUUCCGGCCCGAAUCCAACUCAAGCAUGGCAACUCCACUUAAAAAUUCAUCUUCUAGAAUGAUUAGGACAGACCAUGUGAUGGGCCGGCAAUCAUUCGUUUGGGAUCCACAAAGAGUUUGGCGAACUUCAAGAGCGUCUUCACCGUUGCCACAAUCACGAGAGGUGCCAACUUUAGAAAUGGAAGCAACACCCAUUGGUCCCAGAAGUAGUAAAUUUAGAGGAAGUCCUCCUUCGCAGGUCCCUGGCUCGUGGAAGCCUAAGCAUCCAACAGUCGUAGCACUACAAAAGAAAGUAGUCUGGAGUCCGCUCAAGCUGAGAGGCAUGAAAAAUAAGAGAAAUUCUUACAUGUCUUGAAAAGAAAAACGACCUACUUUAUUCAUUUCUAUACCAGUGUGUGUAAUGCUUCUUGCUUGCUUAUACUGGAGUCUCCAUGAUAUUAUUUCUUGUUAUACAGUGACACAUGCAAUGAUGAUAGUCUAUAUUUUACUUUUGAAACUUAGUACAUUGUAUCUAUAA